AUGGCCGUCAUCUGGGGACUAGACUUGAAGGAAAUGCAGUGGAGGAAGUUCGGCAACACCUACAUGUGGAAAAAUACCGAUUACCACAUGCGCCGAACAAAGUUCAUCGUCUAUCAACUCGCCAUGAUAUUCUGCGUCGUGAGCGAGAGUUUGGGAACCGCCGCGUUAUCAAAAUAUGUCGACCAGCAAGAUUACCUUGAAAACAACGCGCCGGGCGCAACCAUCCAUAACAAUAACUUCAUUGGCAUCGCCUCCUACAACAUUUUCGUUGGCAUUUAUGUUGCCACCAUCUUCGGGUCCGCGUUCUUCUUCGAUCUCUUCUGGCCUGAGCGUCAGGAAUCCAAAAGCGUCAAGCUCGCCUGGCGAAUCUGUUCAGUCCUCGCAUGCCUAUUCACUCUAUCCAGCGCGCUGGGCUUCACCGUCAUCCUGGCCACAAAGGCAGCAUACGUGACAGGGGCGAAUGCUCGCGGCGUGGAGCAGUAUCUAAUUUACGUCAAAGAGAGCCCAUUGAUCUACAGAAAGAAUGGGCGUGGUAUAGCGUCGGUUGUUUUCCUGUGGCUCGGGAUGGUCGCCACGAUUGCCAGUACGGUCAUCCUUUGGAAGUCCCUUCAAUACAUCGACACCUUCGGCCCAAAGUCGAGCCACGCGCGAGCCCGCGAUUUCCCAGAGAAGGCCAAAUCCAGCGAAUCGGUUUCAGUGCCGUCCGCCGCGCACGGCAGAUCAGAGCAAGAGCAUCGUCCUGCGCCAGCCGUGGCAUCCGCGCAGGCUUACGAGGGCGUAUAA